AUGCCUACCGUACGACCCGCCCGUUCGCGUCUGGCGACCAAUGAAAAUGAUGAGAAUGGAAUCUCUACGCGUGUAACACGAGCAAAGGCCGCAGCUCUGGCCGCGCCUGAAGAUGGUACCGGAAUCACCGCUGCUGCCAAGAAGCCUCUUCAGACCAAGAAAACCACCUCUACCACCGCUGCUACUGCUGCCGCUCAGCGAAGGCGUGCAGCCCUAGGAGAUGUCAGCAAUGUUACCAAGAUUGACGGCGCCGAGGCCGGUAAAGAGGGGAAGAAGGCUGUCCAGCGAGUAGGACUUGUUUCCAAGGCAUCGCAAAGCGCUGGUGUUCAGAAGCCCGCUACGCGUACGAACUCGAGUCGCUCAGUAUUGGGCUCCAAGGAACACAAUAAACGAGCUAGCUCAGCAGAACUGAAGCGGCCCGCAAGCGGCUCUGGCGUUUUGACCGGCGUGCAGAAGAAACGAAACAAGACUGCGACUGCGACCGAGCCCAUUCAGGAGGAGCAGCAGCCCAAGCAGGAGAAUGUGGACCCUACCAAGAAACAGGGCUUUAGCGUCGAGAUCAAGCCGCGUGCGACCACUGAGCCAAAGGAGGAGACCGCGUCCAAGGCUGAUGGACAAGACUUGAAACAACGCGUCAAGCAAGAAGUGCAAGAUGAGCUCAAACAAGAGAUGAAGGAGCGCUUGAAGCAGGAAAUGAAGGAGGAGGCCCAUGAAGAAGUGGAAAGCUUCAAAGAUGCAUUUGCCCGCGGUGUUCCCGAUCUUGAUGCUGAGGAUCUUGAGGACCCACUCAUGGUUGCAGAGUAUGUCGUUGAGAUCUUUGACUAUCUCAAGGCGCUCGAGGAGCCUACGGCGCCCAACCCCGAUUAUAUGGAGCACCAGGAGGAACUGGAGUGGAAGAUGCGCGGUAUCUUGGUGGACUGGUUGAUUGAAGUUCACAUGCGUUUCCACCUCUUGCCCGAGACGCUUUUCCUCGCCGUCAACGUUAUUGAUCGCUUCUUGUCUCAAAAGAUUGUGCAGCUCGACCGCCUUCAGCUUGUUGGUGUCACUGCCAUGUUCAUCGCGUCAAAGUAUGAAGAGGUACUUUCGCCUCACGUUGCCAACUUCCGUCACGUCGCCGAUGACGCGUUUUCUGAGGCUGAGAUUCUCGGCGCUGAACGGUUUGUGCUUUCGACGCUCAACUACGACCUCAGCUAUCCGAACCCGAUGAACUUUUUGCGCCGAAUCUCCAAGGCCGAAAACUAUGACAUUCAGACGCGUACUUUGGGCAAGUACUUGCUGGAGAUUGGAUUGGUCGACCAUCGCUUCCUUGGCUAUAAUCCCAGUCACGUUUCCGCUGCCGCCAUGUAUCUUGCUCGUUUGAUUCUUGAGAGAGGGGAAUGGGACGCCACUCUUGCUCACUACUCCGGUUACACUGAAAAGGAGAUACAGCCCGUUUUCAAGCUCAUGGUUGAUUAUCUGCACGGUCCUGUCAUGCAUGAGGCUUUCUUCAAGAAGUAUGCCAGCAAGCGCUUUUUGAAGGCUUCCAUUCUCUGCCGGCAGUGGGCCAAGAAGUAUCACCCAAUCUACCUCGACAACCCCUUGUCUGAGGAAGUUGAUGGCGAGCAGAAGUAA